GGCAGUCUUCGUUCACCUGUCUACCUAUUCAGUAUUUGUCAAUUAAAAAAUGUCAACAGAUUCCUGAAUCUUGCAUAAAAUGAACAACCUGUACUUCUUCAUAUGCACAGUUGGUAUCUUCCACCUUGGUCUCGCUCAACAGAUCCGAAGAAGACAAACCGACAUAGAAAAUUCAGGCAACACGUCGUCUUGUAAAGACCUGGGCAUCAAUACCAAAUUCUUCGUGGGGCUACAGAAACCCCUGCGGAGGCACCAUUGCGGGGCCACUCUUCUAAACAGCCAUUGGGUUCUCAGCACAGCCCAAUGUCGAACGAAAGGCCUCUACGCAGUCGCAGGAAUAAACGAUGUCCAAGACUAUUACGUCAUGUCGAAAAUAGACAGAAUAUUCCCCCAUCCCCAUUGGAACAAAACAACUAACGCGGACGACAUAGCGCUGUUCGAGCUCGUUGACACCAUUAAAGCUAACAAUCCCUUCGUUGAGUAUGUGAAGCUUCCAGAGAAACAAUACCCUACUUAUCAGAUGGACUAUGAGGUGUGCAAGUCAGCUUACAUCUUAGGAAUCCCGUACAGAAAGGAUGGGACCUUCCGGGACCAAAUACGGUGCCAGCUUGACCUCCAAGUCAUGUCUUGGCAAUUCUGUAGUUCCGAGUACAUGGGCGCUGUCGCCGUGAACAUCCUGUGUACUGGUAGUGGGGCAGAGGUAUGUCGAGGAGAUCUAGGUGGACCCUUGAUGUGCGGCAAUAUUCAGUAUGGAGUCAUCAGCAGUCAAGAGUGUGAUGAUGAAAUGACUCCCAUUUAUACGAGAAUAGAUCCUUUGUUACCUUUCAUAAGAGCAGGCAUGCGUAGAAGAGAAAAAAUAGCACGGAGCGCAUCGCAGAAGAUGUAUUCAAGUGGAGCUCUUGUUGUAGUGUCACUAUUUUAUUAUUCAAUGAUGACGUAGGUCUUAUAUAUUAUCCUACUUUGGCGUAUUACCAGUAGAUAAGUUGAAGAGGACACAUUUCAAACAGAUUUGGCUCAGAACCCUCAUAGUUUAUCUACUUAUACCUAUUAUCUUAAAAUCGUUGUGUCAACCUAUAUGAAUUGUAAUUAUAUAUACAUAUUUUCAUCAUGAUUGCACUGAGAAAAAACUUUUCGACUUAAAAUUCCUGAAAAAAUCGCACCUUGAAGUUUUGCCAUAUAAUUAAAUAACACCCUGUAUAAUGAUAAUCCAGCUUUUAUCCAUCCGUAUUAAUUAGUCGUAACGCACGAUAUCAUGAUCUCAGCACAAGAAUUCAAAUAUCCAGAAUACAGUG